AUGGAGAUAGCUGACGCCUGCGCUGAUGCCUCCUCCGGGAGUUCUGACGGCGAGACCCGCAAGGCGACUGACGCUGGCGUUAACGAGGACCGCCACUGGGAGGAGGCGCGGAGCUCUGGCCGAGUUGUGGGACAAGUGAGGUCGCGGGCGCCUGCGUCGGCAUCUACUGGGGCGACGGGAUGGACCGAUGGGCGCUACGCAGACCGCCACGGAGGAUCGCGCGGCCUGUCGAGUUGUCCUGCCAGCACGAAGUGGGGCAUCAGCGCCAGCCUGGGCCACGACCCCCACCUGCUGUACACGCUGAGCGCCGUCCAGAUUCUUACUCUUUAUGAUAGUCUUAAUGUUAUUGAUGUAAAUAAAGUUGUUGAAUAUGUACAAAGUCUGCAGAAAGAAGAUGGGUCCUUUGCUGGAGACAUCUGGGGUGAGAUCGAUACAAGAUUUUCCUUCUGUGCUGUGGCAACAUUAGCACUUUUGGGAAAGCUAGAUGCCAUCAAUAUUGAAAAGGCAAUAGAAUUUGUUUUAUCCUGUAUGAACUUUGAUGGCGGAUUUGGGUGCAGGCCAGGUUCCGAGUCCCAUGCUGGGCAGAUCUAUUGUUGCACAGGAUUUCUGGCUAUUACUAGCCAGUUGCAUCAAAUAAAUUCUGAUUUGCUUGGCUGGUGGCUUUGCGAACGCCAAUUACCAUCAGGUGGACUCAAUGGACGACCAGAAAAGUUACCAGAUGUAUGUUAUUCCUGGUGGGUCUUGGCUUCCUUGAAAAUAAUUGGAAGGCUUCACUGGAUUGACCGGGACAAAUUGCGUUGUUUCAUUUUGGCUUGUCAAGAUGAGGAGACUGGAGGAUUUGCAGACAGACCAGGAGAUAUGGUGGACCCUUUUCAUACUUUAUUUGGAAUUGCUGGACUUUCUCUGUUAGGAGAUGAACAAAUCAAGCCAGUCAAUCCGGUGUUUUGCAUGCCCGAGGAAGCACUUCGAAGAAUUAAUGUUCAGCCAGAACUAGUGAACUAGAAUAGCAAGUCUCUGCUUUUUUUCAAAUGCGCAUAUGCAUUGUACAUUGUCAAAUUAGUUUUAUUAAAUUAUAUAGUUAUAUUUAUGUUAUAUAUAUAUUGUAAAAAAACUGUAUCCUAAAACUUGGCUUCAAAUAAUUCACUGUAAUGCUGUCAGAUUUUUAGUGCAAUAGUUUAAUGGUACUUGAAACAUGUAAUGAGUCAUUUCAAGAAGCAGGAAAAACACUAGCAUACUUAGUGUGGUAGUAUUAAUGCAUGUGAUGCCUAAGGAAAUUAGUGCUUUAAGUAUUAGUAUUUUUGAUGUGUGAAGAAUGAAUAAAUGUCAUUUGUAUUUACUGAGCUCUUAAAAGUCAAAUGAAAAAGCUCUUAUGAAGGCUUUAGAAGUCUUGUCAUUCUUGUAUACUUGAUGUAAGGGCUUGUAGGACUGAUUGGUUUCUUAGACUUGUUUCCUGUAAAUGUGUUAGAAAAAGUUGUGCACUUAUCCACCUAUAUUGAUCCCAUACUUUGUACACACCUCAAAACCGUGUCCAAACUGUGAUAAAUUAUUUUAAUGAGUUCAUUUGUAGAUUUCAGACUGGCAUGCAAAAGUAAUGAGAAUAAAAGGAGUCUAUUCUGAGGAGA